GUGUCGAGGGGGGGGUGUCGAGGGGGUAGCUGAGUAGGGAGCGGUUCGCGGUACGAAGCCCGGCGGCCCGAGUUUGAUCUCCGCUCACGAUCGUGACGACGAUCUGUACCGGUACCUGGGCCUCCCCUAGGUCGACUCGGCCUCAAAUGAGUACCUGGUGCGGUGUGCAGUAAACAUCGCCACUGGGGAGACAAAGGCGGCCGGACGUGGUUGCUGGCCACCCACCCCCUCGUGUGCCGUGCCGGUCUACAUCAGGUGCUCGCUAACAGCACUUUGCCCCUACAGUCUGUGAAGGCGUGUACACGGGGGGGUGGGAGAAGUCCGUGAUUCUGUCCCCCGGACAGCCCCUCACGUGUGUGGUGGCUGACGAGCGGGGAUUGUUUACUUUGUGAUUUGCUCGUGACGAUGGACAAGAAGACGAAGAAGAUCGUGUUCAAAGUGAACGCGUCCUCGCUGGUGGACCUGAAGGCCGAGCUUUACCGCAAGCAGGAGUCUUUCAAGCAGGAGAAGAUCCAUCAAGAGCAAGGACUUCCCAGUCAAAGGCUUCCCAUCAAGAAACCAGGACUUUGGAACAAACAGAAUGUGGGUGUUGCGGAACGUUCCGAGAAGGACCAGAAGGAAAAGACGGAGGAGGAAUUGACUUUGGACAAGGCGAGGGAGAAAUUGGAAGAAAAAGCAAAGCUGUACGACCAGAUGGAGAAGGGUGGCCUGCCUGGUGAGGAGGCAGAGGAGAUGUUCCUGGUGGACUUCACUCAGAAGUUUCUCAACAAACAAAAAGACGCAGUGGUGCAGCGUGGCCUCCGGGAGCAGGAGGAGGUGGUGGUGGGCCCAGACGAAGGGGCAACCAGGGCCAGGCAUCCAAACGGACUGGAGGAGGAGGAGGAGUUGGCUAAAGAUGAGGAUAUUCCAGCACCAUCAAACCCGAGUGAAGAAUGGGUUGACUUUGUGGACUCGCUGGGCCGAUCGAGACGCUGCUUGAGGAAGGACCUGCGUGACUUGCAGGAAAUGGACAAAAAGCUGGCUGGCAGCAGGGGGCCCGUGGCCGGUGAACGGACUCUGCUGUCGGAGGAUAUGCGAAAGGAGAUGGAACGCGAGCGCUGGGAGAAAGAGCAGGAGGAGCUCCGGGCACAGCCAAUUGGUCCUAUCCACUACGAACACCUCCGAGAGCACGAGGUGCGAGAUCUGGGCGUCGGCUACUUUGCGUUUUCCAAGGAUGAGCUCAAGCGCAAGAGACAGAUGGAUACCCUGGAUAUGCUGCGUGAUCAGACACUAGACCAACGCUCCAAGAGAGAGAAGCUGAAGGAAAAGCGGCAGGCCGUGUUGGAGGCCCGGCUGGAGCGAGUGCGACAACGCAAGGGCAAGAAGCCUGGCACGGAUGGGCCUGAAGGAGAGACGCUGGAUGGAGAACAUGUGCGUGCUGGGUCAGAGCCUGCAGAGGAUGUCCUCCAGCCAGGGCCGAGUGCAGGGAAGGUGGACGUCGUGGUACAAGUGAGAAGAGACACCAAGAAGGGAGAAAUGCCACGGGUCCGAGAUUGGGACAAAGGCAAAGACUUCAUGUUGCAGGACUGGCAGAAGGGGCACGGGUCCCAGCAGCGUUUGCCACGCGAUCGACCAGCUGAGUUUGCCCCUCCCACGACUUACUUCAGUGGCAACAAAGCGGGGACCCUUCCCAGCAGCGAGAGGCUGCCCCGUAUGGCCACCCAGGGUCCACGGACAUCCGACUCCUCUCAACACACGCCCGCACAACCACCCACCCAGUUGGAUGAGAUGCUUGCAUUCUACAAGCAGUCGAAUAAAUAAUGUACAGUGUACAGCAUUCUUUUUAUCGUAUCAUUCAUUUGGUAAUCAAGCAAUGUGUGUGCAGUGAGCGAUGGAUAUAGUUACGGGGAUCUGUAUAAAAAAAGGUGUAUAAAAUAAAAUAUUUCCGUUGAUAAUU